UAGUGGGUAUCUUGUGCAAGCCACACGACCUUCAUACGAAGGUGCAACAAGCUCAGCUAGAGCAACAGAGCUAGCAGCUAACAAUGGCGUCUAGAGCAGCGGCGGCCGCCGUGGUCGUCCUGGCCUUGGUCUGCGCCGUGCAGUCGUCCCUCUCGGCGGCGACCGCCGGGGGUCUGUCCCCUGACUUCCACGCGGUGACGUGCCCUCCGCUGGAGCAAAUCGUGGCGUUCCACGUGGGGGAGGCCUUCAAGAACGACUCCGGCGUGGCGCCGGCGCUCAUCCGCAUCCUCUUCCACGACUGCUUCCCGCAGGGCUGCGACGGGUCGGUGCUCAUCGAGGGCCCCGGCACGGAGCAGGACGAGAUCCCCAACAAGACGCUCCGCAGGGUGGCGCUGGACCUCAUUGACCGCAUCCGUAUGCGCGUGCACAGCGCCUGCAGCCGCACGGUCUCGUGCGCCGACAUCACCGUGCUCGCCACCCGCGAGUCGCUCGUCCUGGCCGGCGGGCCCCGCUUCGAGGUCGCCCUCGGCCGGCGCGACUCCUUCUUCCCGGCGUCGCCGGUCCAGGUCGGCCUGCUGCCGGCGCCCUUCCACCCCGUGGACAAGCUCAUCAAGUCCUUCGGCGACCGCGGCCUCGACGUGGCGGACCUGGUGUCCCUCUCCGGCGCGCACACCUUCGGCGUCGCCCACUGCCCUGCUUUCGAUGAUCGCUUCAAGAAUGGCUUCGACACGAACCCGGCCAUCGACCCCAAGUUCGCCACGGGGCUGCGGAACAAGUGCGCCAAGGACACCCCCGAAGGCACCCUGAAGCAGAACCUCGACGUGCGCACGCCGGACAUCUUCGACAACAAGUACUACUUCGACCUGAUCGCGAGGCAGGGGCUGUUCAAGUCGGACCAGGGCCUCUUCGACCACCCCACCACCAAGCGCAUGGCCACCCGCUUCUCGCUCAACCAGGACGCCUUCUUUGAGCAGUUCGCCAGGUCCAUGGCCAAGAUGGUCAACAUGGACCUGCUCACCGGCGACAAGGGCGAGAUCCGGGUCAGAUGCGCCGUCCGCGGCACUCCCCCACGCAUCCAGGCCGCCGCCGCCGGCGAUGACGAGGGGAUCGCCGCCGACAUGUAAGAGUUGUUCGAUGUAACGUAGAGUUCAUGAGUGAACUGUGUGAGGCACGCACGGUGGUGAAGUAGAUGUGUUUCUGUUAGUGUGCCGUGCUAUCUAGUCAAUAAGAUGAGGGGUCAAUCCGUAUGCUUCCUAGCAUAGAAUCGAUCGAGGUAGGUUCUUUUUGGACAUCCGUUUAAUAUCUUCAGUAACAUCGUAAUGUCUUUUUUAGA